GCCUUCUAUAGUCCGUCGCUUGCCAGCCAAUCCGUACCCGCAAGGGGCGGGUAUAUGUAUGUAAGCCAAUAAUCUAGAGUUAUGUUAAUUGACAGCGUGGGAAGCCAAAUCUAUUUUAGCCAUUUACUCUACGUGAAACGGGCGGGAGAUGUAUGAAAUCCUGUCCGAUUUCAAGUUUUGGUCACUAGAGACUGAAUUAUGUAUCUCAGUCCAGAACAAGUAGCUCUGGUGGGCCAAGUCUUUGAAUCCUUUGUAUUGGAACACCACCAAAAAGAGAUUGCCCAGAUACUGACUGAGAAAUAUGAGGAUGCCCACUACUCACUGGUUGUUAAUGCUAUGACACUGUUUGAAGCAAACAUGGAGAUUGGAGAGUACUUUAAUGCCUUUCCAAAUGAAGUGCUGCCCAUCUUUGAUAAUGCUUUGCGCCGAGCUGCCAUGAGCUUUCUUCAGUCCUGUUCAGAAAAACAAACGCUUGUUAUGAAGCAGAAUUUUCAUGCAAGGAUAACCGGUCUACCAGUGUGCCCAGAGUUAACUAGAGAGCACAUACCACGAACCAGAGAUGUGGGGCAUUUCCUUUCUGUAACUGGUACAGUGAUUCGCACUAGCUUGGUUAAAGUGCUUGAGUAUGAGCAAGACUUCAUGUGCAAUAAGUGUAAACAUGUGGUUACUGUGAAAGCAGACUUUGAGCAGUAUUACACGUUCAAACCACCCAUCACUUGCUCAAAUGAGGAAGGCUGCAACUCCAGCAAAUUCACCUGUCUAUCAGAUUCAUCCACUCCAGCCAGCUGCAGGGACUAUCAAGAGAUUAAGAUUCAGGAACAGGUUCAAAGGCUUUCUGUUGGCAGUAUCCCUCGAUCAAUGAUUGUGGUUUUGGAAGAUGACCUGGUUGACAGCUGCAAAUCUGGAGAUGAUGUAACAGUCUAUGGGGUGGUGAUGCAACGAUGGAAACCCCUUUAUAUAGAUACGCGCUGUGACCUGGAGAUUGUUUUAAAGGCCAAUUACAUUGCAGUCAAUAAUGAGCAGCCUUGUGGUGUGGUCAUAAAUGAAGAAGUACGCAAGGAAUAUGAAGGUUUCUGGGAGAAGUAUAGGAACAGUCCUUUAGAAGGUAGGAAUGAAAUUCUGGCCAGUCUCUGUCCCCAGGUAUUUGGUAUGUUUGUAGUAAAGCUGGCAGUUGCAAUGGUGCUGGCUGGUGGAGUUCAGAGGAUAGAUUCUGCUGGAACAAGAGUGAGAGGUGAGUCACAUCUUCUGCUGGUUGGAGACCCUGGCACAGGGAAAUCCCAAUUUUUAAAGUAUGCUGUCAAAAUUACUCCAAGAUCUGUCCUUACUGCAGGCAUUGGAUCAACUAGUGCAGGCUUGACUGUUACUGCAGUAAAGGACUCUGGAGAGUGGAAUCUGGAGGCUGGGGCCUUGGUAUUAGCUGAUGGAGGCUUGUGCUGCAUUGAUGAAUUUAAUAGCAUCAAGGAGCAUGACAGAACCAGCAUUCAUGAGGCAAUGGAACAGCAAACCAUCAGUGUUGCAAAGGCUGGGUUAGUGUGCAAGCUGAACACUAGAACAACCAUUCUGGCAGCAACAAAUCCCAAAGGUCAAUAUGACCCAGAAGAAUCCAUCUCUGUGAAUGUAGCCCUUGCAAGCCCUCUGCUCAGCAGAUUUGACUUGGUUCUAGUUUUGCUGGAUACCAAAAAUGAAGACUGGGACCGCAUUAUUUCUUCUUUUAUAUUGGAGAGCAAAGGCUGUCCUCGUAAAUCUGAUAAACUGUGGAGCAUGGAGAAGAUGAAAACCUAUUUCUGUCUUAUUAAGAAUCUUCAGCCCAAAAUGUCUCAAGAUGCAAAUGUUAUCCUGGUACGAUAUUACCAGCUACAGCGGCAAAGCAGCUGCAGGAAUGCAGCACGUACUACUAUCAGAUUGCUGGAAAGCUUGAUCCGCCUAGCAGAAGCCCAUGCUCGGUUAAUGUAUCGGGAUGUUGUGACGACAGAAGAUGCCAUAACAGUGGUCUCCAUAAUGGAGUCCUCGAUGCAGGGAGGUGCAUUACUUGGAGGAGUCAAUGCAUUGCACACAUCCUUUCCAGAAAAUCCAAGGGAACAGUAUCGGAUGCAGUGCGAGCUUCUAUUGGAGAGACUUGGUCUUCAGAAAUUGCUGGACAAAGAGCUUCAAAGGCUAGACAGGCAGCAAAAUGAAGAUUCCCUUGAGUCCGAUCAUGGGGAAAGUGCUUCAAACAUUUCCUGUAAUCUCGUUGGCCAUAAAGUGCACAGUGACAGCGCCAUGGAAGAAACCUGCAGCACUAAUGAAACAUUUUCUUCACCAGAUGCAACACGCAAAACUAUUCCAGACAUAUUAGAUAUGACCAAAAGUGAUGAUACCAUUAGUAAGGGUACCAUUACACCUGCUGAACAAAACAGAGCAAUUAGAACACAGUCCAAGUCCUCUUCAAAACAUAAUACACAAUCCCUGGCUGGUGGGCAUCUGUCUGAAAAUCACCUUACAAGAUGCAGCGAUAAGAGUCUUGGCUGGUUUGAUUCACUUCAGUCCGUUCAGAUGUCUCCCAUCAGUAAACUGGGUGAAGGCUGCACAGCUGAAAAACUUCAACCUGCAGUCCUGCCUGUAUUAGCCGAAGGUAGCUGCCAUCCUGACAAAGAAGUUGUGGAUUUAGUGGGGAACAAAUCUGAAGUUUUGCAGAAGAGUGGAAGCAGCCCUGUGGGGACUGAAAGACAUUUGUCAAAUCGCAUAGUGACUGAGCAUGUUUCUAAAAAGUGGCAGAACUUAAAUAAAAAUUCUCUCUGUGGGAAAACUGGUUCAAACAUGACAUCUCUUCAGUCUGAGAAUUCAGGUUCACAUACAGUAUGCUCCAGUGGUCCUCUGCAUAGUACUCCUGGGGCACCCUGGAAAAGGAAAAAGAUUAUUGCCCAGGUGGAAAAGGAAACAAAAGCAGAACUGCUGGAUCCAGACACACAAGCACGGCUAGUUCAGUUAGCCAGAUUUUCAUUUAAACAACAUUCAAAACUAGUGCAUUUACCUGGAGGGAAGACUGACAUAGCUUCUAUUGCACAGAACCAUGAAACAAGCAGAUCAUCUAGUAACCAAAAGGAUCAACCAGACCAGAAACUCACACCAUCAGAUAGGUUGAACAAGUUAGAUAGGAUUUUAAACAAUGUGGAUAAAGCGAGCAAUUCUGUUAAGGGCUUAAAGCAGCAAGAUACUCUUGCUCAAGAGAAUCCCCCCAAACAGACUGUACUCGCACAGCAGAGUAAUUCUAUAUCUAACGCAGCAACAGCUUGUGUGCAUGAGAAAAAACUGAAUGAAGGGUCUGACUCCAGAAAAGUCUCCUCUAGUACCCUUGCUAAACUAGCACGGUUUUCUUUCUCACCUCCUCCUGAAAAUAAAGCAUUGGAGGCCAGCAAGGAAACCCUAAUUUCAUCAAGAGCUGCUGCUCCAAGCAGCAAAAGAAAGUGUUUUCAACUAGAACCUUCUAGUGAUAAAACCACAAUGUCAAGUAAAUUUCUUUUCUCUACUGAUUUAGAUGAUGAUGAGUUAGAUGUGGAUUGGGAGGUAGAAAUAAAAAGAAAUAAGAGAACUGCAACAUAAAUAUGCAUUUUGUGUAGUAUUUACCUUUGCUAUGUUGACAUGAAAAGUGACUAGGUGGUCAUUAGGAUAAUAAUCACAGGGAUAUUUAGUUAGUUGAAGUAUUCUACACCAGCAGAUAACAGUGUUUUUCUGGCAAUUUUUUUUUUUAAGAAUUCCACGUUAUGUGGUUCAGCACUUUAUCAGUUCUGUUCUUUUGUAUCAUGAACUGUUACCUUUCUGUGGCAGAAAUUUUCUCUUUCAAAUGUGGUUUUGUGUCUGGUGUACAUAAGAAUCUCUUUCAGUUUCUAUUCACUAUAUUUUCAAAAACGUACAGGUACAUUAGAAAAAAAAAAAAAAACAUAGUACAGAUUUAACAUGCUUGAAAUUAUUCAUUCUGGAGCCUUAAUCGUGUGCGGUGGCCUCUGGUUAGAUAUAUUUCCACAGCAGUCAGAUCCAGCCUCUCAUUAAUUGAUUUGGAGCACAAAUUUCACCUUGAAUGUUGCUUAUUAUUACAAAGCACAGACAUAAAAAACAGAUCUGAGUUAAGUAAUAUUGACUACCAAGUUACUACUUGGCCUGGUGAACAGCACCACACUCAGUCCUGAGGAAUGCAAGUGCAAAUUAACCAUACUUGCGCCUUUGCAACUUGCAGUUAACGCCAAUGUAAUAUUCUUAGAAGCAACAAUCAGCAUGUGGUUACUACUUUAAUACUGGACUGGACUUUGAUGCUAAAAAAUAUUUAUAAUAUAUUUUUAUAAAAUAUCUGUUUAUUAAUGUUUCUAAUUACUGUUAACUUCAAGAUUGCCCAAUUGCUGCAUAUUUUUUGUAUAUGACAUUAAACUAUAUCAGCUGCACCACCAAAUGUUUACCUGGCUUACUUUAAGGCAUACUAUCAUUUUUUUAUUCAUAUGUUAUAGGUUUUUAUAUAUAUAUAUAUUACUUAUAUUAUAUAAGUGUUUACGGUGGAUGUGGUGUUUGCUGGUAUUUGCUUAUUAGGGAACAUCUUGAUAGGGCCCCUUCAUAUUGAUAAGUAAAUGUCCAGAGAAAUAAGGCUCACUUAGAAAUAAUAUACUAUGCAUGCAGUUGUAUGUUUUGCUGUACAAGGGUACUAUCUGAUGUUUCAUUCCUCUUCUGUUGGUGUAGUUCCCUAACACUACAAUUAAACAUCAAAUGUAUUGUAAAUGCCA